AUGAAAGGUAACGUAGAAAAGCUAAACCCUGUCAAAAGAGAGCACUUGAGAGAUUAGAUCUCGGGAACAUCGAAUGGAGUAGUUUGCUUUGCUACCUACUUUACUGCAAGCAGCGAAUUAGACAGAAAUUCAGAUGACACCACGUUACACAAUGAAAAAUGUCACCCACUCACUGAUUCUGUGGUCUCCGCGACGCUUUCAAGGGUUAUCAUUGAGAAUGCUGAGCUCCGCUACUAUGUUAACCCCUCCAUGCAAUUUGAACAUGUGAAUUCUUCAAAUCUCGAAGACGUUGUAAGUAAAGUAUAA